GCUUGUCUUUCAGGCAGUUGCCCCGCACCAGGUUGAAGUAGAUGGGCCAAGAGCCGCCAUAGCCUAUCGCCAUCGCCUGUACCCGGCGGCAAGGGCUGUCCCCUCCGUCGACGGGUGAUAUAGAGCGGCUGCGAUACGUGGGUUCUCUCUGCCUAUCGAUUCUCCAGCCCCGUGUACCACUCGUAGACAACAUGACCGCAACCACAGAGUACCCGCAGACCCAUGAGAACACGGUCGGCCGAUACGGUGAGAAUGCUCAGUACGACGUCGCGACCAUCAAGGCCAUCAUCCAAGAGUCGCACUUUGUCAACGUGUCGUUUGUUGACCUGGACGGGAUGCCGCAGUGCAUCCCGAUGGUCAGUGCGAUCGAAGAAGCCCAGGACGGCCUCUACGUCUACAUCCACGGCUACCACAAGGCGCGGCUCGUCAAGAUGCUGCCGCCCGAGUCGCGCGUGUGCAUCACCGCGACGCUGCUGGACGGGCUGGCGUUGGCAUGGAGCGCGUACGCGAGCAACAUGAACUAUCGCUGCGCCGUGCUCCACGGCGAAGUACUCGACUGGGACGAGACGACACCCGACGCGCAAGCCGCCAAGAUGGAGGCCGCGCGACAGAUCGUGGAGGGCGUCUGUGUUGGCCGGUGGGACGAGUGCCGCCAGCCGUCCAAGGCCGAGAUGACGACCACCGGGUUUCUCAAAAUCAAGGUGCUCUCCGCGAGCGCCAAGAUCAGCAGCGGGUGCGCCGGCGAGGAGAAGCGCGAUCUAGACGACGACGAGGUCACCUCCAAGCUCUGGGCUGGUGUCAUCCCGACCAAGCUCACGCUCCUCGACCCCAUCGACAGCCCAGACAACAAGGUGCCCGUGCCCAAGACGGUCAAGGACUUUAUCGCCACGCACAAUGCGAAGCCGGUGCCAUGGCCAAAGGAGUAG